GCUCGCCCUGUUUGUUGACUCCUAAGUCAGACGGAACCCCUCGAUUCUGCACCGAUUUCCGUAAGGUGAAUGCAGUGACUGUGCCGGAUUCCUUUCCUUUACCUCGUAUUGAUGACUGUAUUGACAGUGUGGGUCCUGCAGAAUUUAUUACGAAACUAGAUCUGCUAAAAGGGUACUGGCAGGUCCCUUUAACGCAACGUGCAUCUGACAUUUCUGCAUUUGUAACCCCUGAUGCCUUCUUGCAGUACACCGUAAUGGCCUUUGGCAUGAGAAAUGCCCCAGCCACUUUCCAGCGCCUCAUGCAGCAUGUAUUGGGAAAUGUGCCUGACUGUAGCGUGUACUUGGAUGAUGUGGUGGUCUAUUCCAGAGACUGGGUGAGUCACAUCUCCAGCUUGAAGGAUGUGUUCCGGCGCCUGGCAGAUGCCUCACUAACGUUAAAUCUGGCCAAGUGCGAAUUUGGCAAGGCUAUGGUCACCUACUUGGGGAAGCAGGUUGGCCAUGGGCAGGUUCUACCCGUGACCACCAAGGUUGAGGCUGUGCUGGCUCUCCCGACACCUACGACUCGACGUGAACUGAGACGUUUCCUGGGUAUGGCCGGUUACUAUCGGUGUUUUUGUAAAAACUUUUCUGUAGUGGUUGCCCCAUUGACCAAGCUGUGUAGCCCAUCCAUUCCUUUUGUUUGGGAUGAUGACUGUGCCCAUGCCUUUACUGCUGUCAAGUCCCUCCUCUGUAGUGCCCCAGUGUUGGCUGCACCCAACUUCUCCAGGCCUUUCAAGCUAGAAGUCGAUGCUAGUGCCAUAGGAGCUGGAGCAGUGCUAUUGCAAGACGGUGUUGAUAAUGUGUGCCACCCUGUCUGCUACUUCUCAGUGAAGUUUAAAAAGCAUCAGCUGAAUUACUCAACGAUUGAGAAAGAAACCCUGGCCAUGCUCCUUGCUUUGCAGCACUUCGAAGUUUAUGUGGGCUCCACGUCUGUACCGGUUACAGUGUACACAGAUCACAACCCCCUUGUUUUCCUGAUGCAGAUGUACAACAGUAACCAGCGGUUGAUGCGCUGGGCGCUCCAAGCACAGCGCUAUAACAUCGAGGUGAAGCACAAGAAAGGGGCUGAUAAUCUGGUGGCUGACAUGCUGUCACGUGGGUAACGUCAUUGCUUGCAAAGUCAAUUGUUAACAUCUGUGUUAUAUUAGUGUAUGAUCUGUGAUUUAUAUAUAGUGUAAUGCUUAUUUUCUGCCUGUAGGCGGGGUUUAUUCUUAUCGGUGGGGGUGUUACGGGCCAGUGUGUGUGUGGCCUUGUCUUUUUGUUCUUUCAUUUCAGGUACCGCCUUCCCCCCCUCCACCUCAAUCAGCUGAUUAGCUGAUUGCCAGCUGUAGUCCAUAAAGAUCCGACCUGUGUGCGUCAUUAGAAGAGUGAUCCUGCAGCCAGCGUGUGCAGCGUGUUUGUUUCUGGCCGGCAUUGUGGUGUCUGAAAAGGCUUCUUCUUGGUUUAUUGUAGAUUGUAAAUAAAUCCCUGCGAUUGCAGACGGUCCUUGGUUGGCUUCUUUGUUUUCUCCUUUUACCUCAAUUGUUACCCCCUUGUGUUCCCCUAGACAUUUUCUGCCCUGUCGGGUCGUAACAUAGUCACAUGUUAACCACAUCAAUAUCAGCAGAGUUCCAGAAAAUGACCCGAAGUUUAACUUAUCUGAGAAGUGUUGCAAUCAAUGUUUUAGAAAGAACAUUGUAUUUGAUGCUACUUAUAUUUGCAUGCAGCAGAAAACAAAGAAACACCCCUUUAGUGUUUAUAAGACAACACCAAAAGUAACACCCACAGAUAGGCAUGUUUAUAAUUGUACAUCACACUGUGUAGCUUCAUUCUUUACGUUUUAUUUAUGUAGUGUCAAUAACAAUACAAAUUGCCUCAAGGCGCUUUACAAAAGCUGGCCUGCAACCUCCAUAAGCAAGCCUGAGGGCGACGGUGGUGAGGAAAAACUUCCUUUGAACAGGCAGAAACCUUGAGCAGAAGCCGGAGAAAAAAAGACAAAUACACAGUACAGUUUUAGUCAAAGACAAAAUACUAAACAAAUCCUAAAACAGCCAUUAAAAACAUAAAAUUGAUUGGUUCCAUAAAUAUAAGACAUAUUUUUUGUUGCCAUGCUUUGUAUAUUUGAAUGUUCUUCAGAGACAGAAAUGUCUUAAACAAGGAACCUAACACAGGAAACACGCCUUAAGAUACAGACAAGGAAGUGCAGAUGCAGCAGUGAGAUCUAUUCUGCAGAGACACAGACGAACCAACAGUGGAGACAAACCACGAUCUAAGGGUCCAAGGGUUUCUUCAGCAAGAAAUUAUCGCAUCCUGAGCCACAUGUGCAGGUAAAACCAUACAACAGCAGUGGUCAAACCAAACUGGUGUCCAGUGUUCCACCUGUACUGCACGUGGUUAACUUUUAGAUCAUAGCUUAAGGUCCUACAAGGCUGUCAAAAGCCCCUGAUCAAUGAGAAACGGAGGUUAAAACUGGACAGUCAGGAAUUCUGUGGUCAGGUGAGUCCAGUUUCCAGCUUUAUCUUCCUCCUGCUAAUGUGAGGGUACGCAGAAGACCAGGCAAAGCAUUGUCUCCCAGAUGUACAGUACACAGACGAUGGAUUUGAGAAAAAUCCAUCAACCUACAGUUCCAGACAUAUGUGGGAAGCACAACUAUAUAAAUCCAGCAGCGUGCACAGUGAACAAAAUGCCAGCCACUUCAGAUAAGAAGUGUUCCUCUUUCGCUCGGACUCUCCCACUGCUGGCAGUGUUUUGGCUGACACUGUUGGCAGUUACUGGCUGUCGUACCUUCUUUACCUUUUUAAUUUAUAAAAACAAUACCAGGCUGAUUGAGGAAAACUACAACCUGAUGACGCAAAACAAAAACCUAACAGACCAAAUAAAGAACAUGAAGACAAAAUUCGCAAUGCACUGUAAAUAUUGUCAGAAAGGUUGGAUGGACUUCCAGUCCAGCUGCUAUGCCAUCAAUAAUGCUGAAGCCAUUAAUAAGAAAACCUGGGAGGAAGCUCGAGAAAACUGCAGAGGCAAGAUUUCAGAUUUGGCUGUUGUGAUGAAUGAACCUGAAAAGACAUUUGUUGCUGAUAACAGUUGGGGAAGUUCGGGAACUAGUGGAUACUGGAUUGGCUUGAGAGUUGAAGAUGGGAAAUGGAAGUGGGUCAAUGGAAGUGAUCUGACUGAUAACCUCUGGGUGAAACAGCCUCCCAUCAGUGGCCAAUGUGCAAUUUCCGUCUUCAACGAAGGAUGGAAGUCAGUGAGCUGUAAAAACAAGAACCAAUGGAUCUGUGAAAAGGAGCCUAUAUCUCUGUGAACAAGGUGUCAUCAACUAUAUUUGUUCUUAGCAGGCACUGAGAUCCAGAUGCUCUUGUAAACUAUAAAUAGAAUAUAGCAUCCUAAGUGAUAUAUUAUUAUUCGAUAUAUUUAUUUUCCUUCCACAUUUGUUAUUUUUCCUCCUUUGUCAGUAUGAACAGACUCUUAUUACCUGUAGCAGUACUGUAGCAAGUCACUUGGGAGCAUUUGUUAUACUUGACAGCUGCCUGGAUAGAAAGCUCUGGUGUUCACUGCUGUAGAGAUGAACUAAAUGUAAAAUAUUGUCAAUAUUGUCUUGCACAACGAUUAUAGAGUAGGAUGACUUCUGACUGAUCAGUCUCCUGACUUAAUGGAACAUUUUAUAUCAUUGUUGUCGUUUGGCUGCUGCAUUGGUUGAUUACUUGAUGAAAUAUUUCCUGGGUUGUUACCUUCAGUUAUUUGUCUACCCAUCUACUAUCUAUAGUCUUAUCAUUUAACCUGUAGUGAGUUACUUUGUGAUUUCCACCAGUAAAAACCUUGGCAAUCAGUGAGCUGUAACUGGACAGGAAACAAUGGAUCAAAGAACAUAAGUCUUUAUCCGUUUAAAUGCUGUAGUCUAAAAAGAUUCACUAUAUCUAAAAUAAUGUCAGCUUGCUCAAUAAUUACAGCAUGUAAUAAAUGAACACUUCCAUCUUACCUCUAUUUCACAGAAAAAUAAAAACUGCUUCUGU